AUGGGACUCGUGAAUCUUUUGUGGUGUUUGGUAUUUUUACUUUCACCUUGCCUCGCUGCUCCAGUUUCAGAGCACUUUGCCGUCAUGGUUGGGCCUCCGGUCUCAGUGCAGCGCGGCCUGACAGCCACGUUACCCUGCUGGCUCCAUCCAUCACGAAGCGCAGAGGACAUGGAGGUACUCUGGCACCGCGGCAGUGAUCAGUAUGACACCCCUGUCAUGCAUUUCAAGUCAAAAAUGUUUCAGCUCGAAUCCCAGAAAGCUUUGUACGCUGGCCGAGUCGAUUUCGGUUUUAAGGACACGGCGUCCGGCGGGCUGAAGGCAGGCGAUGUGAGCCUGAAGCUGCUAAAUGUCACAAUUGAGGACGCUGGGAAUUACACGUGUUAUGUCAGCAGCUCAACAGAUUAUGACAGCUCAAGUGUGAGUCUGCACGUGACAGAAACGGGAACCCCCCCCAUUCUGUCUGCUGUGUGGAAGGGUGACAUGGUGAAUGUGAGCUGUGAGUCUGAAGGCUGGUAUCCUCAGCCUGAGCUGCACUGGUCAGACAGGAAUAAAGAUCUGAUCAACAGUAAUCUGGUUUAUACCAAGGACCUGGCUGGUCUUUUUUCAGUCCACAGCUGGCUUCUUGUCCCCGACUCGUCUGAGGUAUCCUGCUUUGUUGGUCUCUCUAAGGAAGAGACAAAACAGGCUAGAAUGCGCCUGGGAAGCCCUAAAAGAUCACAGCAAGAAGCGUCGGGUUCCUCCCCAGCUGGAUGGGUGGCUUUCGGGAUACUUCUAGCGUUAGCUGUAGCUGUAGCUGCAGCGCUGUACUUCAAAAAGCAGGCUGAGUCCAAACCAGAAGGUGACCAAACUGAAGAGACAAAACCACUUAUGUCCAAAGGAAUGAAGCAGCCAACAUCUCUGUCCGUGGCUUCCAAGUGUUAUGCAAAUGUCAAACUUGUGGACACAAAUAAUCAGUUUGUAGCAAUCAAGGAAUCUCUUCUUCGAGACAGUUUAACGAUUCCAGACGGGAACAGGGUUACCUGUCUUACAGCAGUCAGAGGAACGCCUGGAUUCUCUUCUGGACAACACUACUGGGAGGUUUUGCUGAGCCGUCCUUCCUUAGACCCCAAGAAGUCCUGGUGGAUUGGAGUUACGAACAAACCUGAAAUCCCUCAGGACGCAAGUUUCUCUCCAAACACAUCCAACGGUUUCUGGUUCCUGUCUUCUUCACCUAAUCGAGAAGAAAUGGUUCAGUUUAGCACCGAACCCGAGGUGGUUAUUCAUCUCCAGUCAAGACCAAAAGUAAUAGGUGUGUUUUUGGACUACGACAGUGGCGAGUUGUCCUUUUAUAGCGUGGAAGAGGAACGGUUGAUUGGAUCUUUGGCAGCUACAUUUACAGGGGAAGUGUUUCCAGUUUUCAACCCUGGGAAAGGCGACCAAAUCCCCAUGGAGAUAUUUCAGAAGGCAAAGCAGGAUUUGGCUCGUGACUUGGAGAACUUUAUGAACGAGUAG